AUGCCUCAGGGAAUGAAAACGGACUAUCGUCGUGCCAUGGGGCACAAAAAUGAGGUGCUGCCUCACUGCGGGGUGCAGAAACAAGGCGCUGCGUCAAGCAAGAACAGGGCAGGGCUAGUGGCACUAGCCCCACCCUGUUUGCGUACUUGUCUGGAAGCCUUCUAUUCCAUAUUUACCACGGAACAGCAAGAUCAUGUCAAAUCUGUGGAAUACCUACGGAAUAACUUCCGGCCUCAGCAACGCCUGAACAACAGAAUUGUUUCCAAGUCAGCUGUGAAGGAUGCUUGGAACCAACUUUCAACCAGCAUGUUUGAAAAUCCACUGGGCACUGAAGCCUCCAAAGUUUGCAGCACCCCUCCUGUCAAUAUGAAAGUGAAACUCGUUAACCGAACAGCCUUGCUGGUGACCUGGAAUCAACCAGAGAUUAUCUAUCACCCACCCAUUAUGAACUAUAUGAUUUCCUAUAGUUGGAGUAAAAACGAAGACGAAAAGGAGAAGACGUUCACUAAGGACAGUGACAAGGACCUGAAAGCCAUCAUUAGCCAUGUCUCACCUGACAUCCUUUAUCUGUUCAGAGUUCAAGCAGUUUGCCGAAAUGACAUGCGCAGUGAUUUUAGCCAGACAAUGCUCUUUCAAGGUAACACCAUCCAAAAUUCCUAUACCCCUAGGUUUUUGGAUUUCAUUCAGCAGCUCCCAAAAGAAGCAAGGUUCAAAUUCCCACAGAUAGAAAGAACUCUAAGUGAUUUUGGGUUACUCAUUAUCUCUCAGGCCAAUUCGCCUCGGCAUGUUAUUGUAUGA